UCAAUUGGAACGCAGCCUUAUUUUUUAGUCACCUGAGCGCUUUAGGGAUGGAGAAACCCGUGGUGAAGUUUAGACAUUGCGGGAAAGAUAUUUACACUUUUUCGAAAACAGAUGUCACGUUAAAUCAGUGUGUUUCUGAGGGAAGUGUGUGUCCUGUUUGUAGAAACCCUGUCGUUUUUGGACUACUGGACGCACCAGUGGCGCUUCCUUCUCCUUUCACAAACGGCCAUGAAACUCAGUGCUCGUUUCUUCUAGGAGCAAAGGAAGGACCAUGGUAUUUAGGUGAAUGGCGCGAGACGGAGUUACACGUUGGACUCUCCGACUCGAAAGGUUUGGUCUAUAACUACACGCUGUCGGGAGUCCAGAAGGAUGAACACGGAUGGGAGCAGUGUGUGUCCAUUCAACUGGUUCCACCGUAUAGGAAAGACCUAACACAGUUAUGGGAUAAAGAACUGAACCUCUUUUCAUCUCUCCCAGCAUGGACCCCAGAACGAUUCCAUGAGGAGCGGGAGUUUGGUUCGUGUUGCUAUGGUUUCGCCCUGACGUUCAUUAACCACAUGAGAUUGCUGGACAGUAAAGCCCCUAUUAGCAGAAACGAGUUCACCGGUGGCCACGUUUUAUCCCGAAUGAAACGUGCCUCCAUGUACAUCAGAGUGUAUGAAGAAAUAUCACAGCAUGGAUUUUACACUGUUGAUAAAUGAGUUCUUGUAGUUCAGUUAAGCGUUCAGAUGUUCCAGAUGAACUGUUACUCAUGAAAUAAAUAAUUUUGUGUUUAAUUUUUAAAAAUAUUUUUAUUGUAUUGUUUUUAAUGCAAUUUGUGUUUUUUAUAAUCAGUAUUACAUGUAUAAUGUCAUACACUGAUCAGGCAUAACAUUAUGACCUGGUGACAUGAGUAACACUGAGUAACAUCACCUCAGCAUAGGCCCUGUUAGUGGGUGGGAUAUAUUAGGCAGCAAGAGAACAUUUUGUCCUCAAAGUUGAUGUGUUAGAAGCAGGAAAAAUGGGCAAGUGUAAGGAUUUGAGCGAGUUUGACCAGGGCCGAAUUGCGAUGGCUAGACGACUGGAUCAGAGCAUCUCCAAAACUGCAGCUCUUGUGGGGUGUUCCCGGUCUGCAGCGGUCAGUAUCUAUCAAAAGUGGUCCAAGGAAGGAACAGUGGUGAACCGGCGACAGGGUCAUGGACAGCCAAGGCUCAUGUGAUCCGAUCCAACAGACUAGCUACUGUUGCUUAAAUUGCUGAAGAAGUUAAUGCUGGUUCUGAUAGAAAGGUGUCAGAAUACACAGUGCAUGAUGGGUCAGGGCUGUUUUGGCAGCAAAAGGGGGACCAACACAAUAUUAGGCAGUUGGUCAUAAUGUUAUGCCUGAUUAGUUUAUGUGUAAUAAAACACAAACAAAUGCUUAUAAUAGAGAACUAUUUCAAUUUAACUAAUAUGAUAUUAACAUCCCAAAUGACUUCAUGGUAAACGUGUUUUACUGGAUGAUGGACGUUGGUGUGUGUAAGACGUGUUUUGGGUAUUGUGCCUUAGGAAAUGACUUCUAUUGUAUGUGCUUUGUAAGGUGAAACUGGCUUGUAAAAGGAUGCCAGCUCCACCAUGUUCACGACAUUAUUGACUAACAGUUACAAUGAAUGUAGACCUGUGACUAUGAUGAUGCUUCUCCAAAUACACACGAUUAAGUUUGAACAACUAUAAGCCAAACCAAUGACAUUAAUAAGCUUAUUACAAAUGAUAUAUAAUAAUAUUUUUUUAAUUAAACAACAGGGACCGGUUUUAACUACUGACUCAGUUCAUUGGUGUUACAUCCUGCUGGUGGAAUGGAAAUCAACUUAUUAGACAUUUUCAGUUGGUACAAAUAAAUGAAUGGUUUUAUCGCUGCACACAUGAUAUAAAAUGAGUCAGAACACUGUUGGCUUUCAAGCUUAUGAACAAACACUUGAGGCAUGUCAGAGAACAGAAAUGGGUUUACUUUCAAGAUAGAAUCAUUUGUCUGACACUUUCCAUAAAUAUAUUGUAACUAUUAUAAUAUUAUCAUUUAUUGCCCCAGUCGGCUAAAUAAACAGAAAUACUACAAA